AUACUUACUAUUAAGUCAGCUAUAAAUAAAAAUGAUAGGAGGGCUUAUUUGUUAUUUUUCAUAGAAGUUUGUUUGUAGCAUAAUGGCAUUCUUGGUGAGAAGAUUGCGUCGAACCUUUACUCAUCUAAUUCCGCGUCUAUUUUUUGGUUUAGUUUUUAUAUAUGUGUAUUGCGAAUAUUUAAUUUAUUAUGUUACUCAAAUCCAGUGUGGCUGGAUAAUGUUGAGUAAGGAACCUAAUGAUGGUGUUGAGCCAGUCUAUGCUAUGGUUAUAGCUGACACACAUCUUCUGGGCUCUCGGAAUGGACACUGGUUUGACAAAUGGCGGAGAGAGUGGCAGAUGCACCGAGCAUUUCAGACAGCUAUGACACUCCAUAGCCCAAACGUGGUAUUCGUUUUAGGUGAUCUGUUUGAUGAGGGCAAAUGGUGUCCAGAAAAGGAGUUCAAUGACUAUGUUGAUAGAUUUUACAAAUUAUUCAAAGUUCCUGAUGGCACUGCCAUGUAUGCUGUUGUGGGAAACCAUGAUAUAGGAUUUCACUACAGAAUAACGCCCCACCUCGCCAAAAGGUUCGAGAGCAAGCUAAAGUCGCCACCAGUACAAUUAAUUAGCAUCAGAGGGAAUCACUUUGUCCUUAUCAAUUCAAUGGCAAUGGAAGGAGACGGAUGUAAUCUGUGCGCGCGUACAGUUGCCGAAAUAGCCAAUAUAUCAAAUAUAUUGAAGUGCAGCAGUGGAUCUAGUUUAUGUAAAGGUAAAAAGAGACUAGAAAGUUAUAGCAGACCAAUUAUAAUGCAGCACUACCCUUUGUACAGAGAAUCAGAUAGUGUAUGUACGGAACCUGACGCGGCCCCAUUACCUGAAAGAAACGGAUUGUUUGAGGAGCGUUGGGACUGCCUCUCUAAAGAAUCAACGGAGUAUCUAGUCGAGAAUCUACAUCCUCGAGCCGCCUUCGGAGCACACACGCACCAUAGUUGUGUCGUAAGGCACAGCUUCGUGCCCACCCCCGAUCAUAAAAUCGAAUUUAUUGAGUACACUGUACCGUCCUUUUCUUGGAGAAAUCGAUUGGACCCCAAAUAUUAUUUGUUGACGAUAUCACCAGAAGAGGUGAAGGUCUCCAAAUGCGGCAUGCCACGCGAAUGGACGCUGCAGAUCACCGCUAUAUUGAUGACACUCGCGCUCAUAGUCUACCUCAGAUACUACAUAAGUGUCGAUUCAAUUAGUUAUAACUAUAAACAAUUGUCUGGAAAGAAAGUGUGAGACUGCUCAAAAGGUAUUUAUUUACUGAAUGAUAUUAUACUUAUGCCGUACUUAUUAUCUGAUAUUAUUUAUUAAAGAAGAAUUUUAUCUAUAA